CUGGAUUUUUGUGCUCCUACAGAAAUUUCUAGAAACUAAUCCAUUUACUUAAAACUGAACAAUUUGGUACAGGAUCCAGUGCAACUCAAUCCCCACACGUUCCAAAUUUUGGUAUUGAAGAUCCUGCUAAUAAUGUUGGCCGAAGUAAGUCUCCUAACUUUUUUCGGUGGUAUAGACCUUACAUUUCUUUAUCCUCAUUCAUCAAGCUUCUACCACAUCUAAUCUGUUGGACCAUAUAUGCUCUCAAGAAAAUAAGCUAGUUUGUGGAUUCUUAUAAUGAUUUUCAAGCAUUUUAGAUGCUUGCCCAUGGAUAAGCUAGUUCCAAAUAACCUUAGUUUUAGCCUUUGAAGAGAAGAGAUGAGGGAGUCGAUCAAAUCAGCAGAUACUUAACUCUCGACCAAGCACUUCUAACCAUUGUUUAAAAUGGUAUGUGGUGAUAUUGCACCUCUCUGAUGUAUACCUACUCCAGGUCCUGUAUUUAACCAAAGUAUCGAUCUCCAGUCCGGUGCAUUCAAUAAGACGUAUGCCUCGGCCAACACAAAAUUUUCAGCAGCUCUAAUGUGCUCUCAACCAGUUGAAUUGCAGCCAAAUCUAUUCUCUACUUCCAGUGGCCAACAUGAAAACUGGGGAGAAUCCAACAUGGCAGAAUCCAGUUCCCGGAUGGACACUUCAACUGAUUUGGACCCAGAUGACAAAAACCACAAGUUUGAUGCUCAAUCCGCUGGUGUUGGGGUUUCAGAUUCCAGUGACAAAUCAAAAGAAAAAACCUCGACAUUGCGAAGGCUCGCCCAAAAUCGUGAAGCUGCCAGGAAAAGCAGACUGAGAAAGAAAGCCUAUGUACAGCAGCUAGAAAACAGCAGGCUGAAGUUAACUCAACUUGAGCAGGAACUACAACGUGCACGUCAGCAAGGUGUCUUCAUUUCGAACUCGGGAGAUCAGUCCCAUGUGAGGAGUGCCAACGGGGAGUUGGCUUUUGACGCCGAGUACGCACGGUGGACGGAAGAACAGAACAAACUAAUCAAUGAGUUGAGAACAGCGGUCAAUUCGCAUGCAAGUGACCCUGAACUUCGUACUCUCGUGGAUAAUGUGACGGCACAUUUCAACGACGUUUUCAGGCUGAAGACUAAUGCAUCCAAGGCUGAUGUAUUCCACAUCUUAUCAGGAAUGUGGAAAACACCUGCGGAGAGGUGUUUCAUGUGGCUAGGUGGCUUCCGCCCCUCAGAGCUUCUCAAGCUUCUUGCGAACCAGCUGGAGCCGCUCACAGAGCAGCAGUUGACGGGGAUCUACAAUCUGCGGGAAUCCUCUCAGCAAGCGGAGGAUGCCCUAUCACAGGGUAUGGACGCAUUGCAACAAUCACUAGCUGAGACGCUAGCCAAUGGCACUUCAGGGCCCGAAGGCUCGUCUGGAAAUGUCGCCAAUUAUAUGGGCCAGAUGGCGAUGGCGAUGGGGAAGUUGGGAACUCUCGAUGGCUUCCUUCGGCAGGCCGACAACCUACGAGAACAAACUCUGCAACAGAUGCACCGAGUACUGACCACCAGACAAUCAGCUCGAGGGCUGCUCUUGAUACAUGACUACUUCUCGAGGCUCCGAGCUCUUAGCUCUCUUUGGUUAGCUAGGCCGCGCGAAUGAGGUAUGGUUCAAUAUGGAAUAACAUGGCCACAUGUUGUAAAAUAUGGUGUGUUUUAUUAUGCUUGCUGUUGUCAAAGGGUAGAGAUAGCAAUAAUGUUAUUAUGGUUGCUUGUAUUUUCAUUACAAUUUACUCAGAUAAAUGUAAAGUCAUUCUACA